UAUCCCAAACUCUGCCUGAACUUUCCUCACUGUGCGUCACUCUCCACUAACCUGGCUUGGACCGAGCACAGGACUGCUUAACUUCUCCUGAAACACGAACAAUGGGUUGGCAGGAGCGAGGAUGGCUCGUCUGUGCGAGUUUUCUCGGAUUUGUGGCGUCGGUGGAGAGCAUAAGGCGGGGAGAGCUUUUUCCUUUCGGUCCGAGCGCAAGAGACCGGUUAAUGGAAGCAGGGAAUGACCAGACGCACCGACUCCAACUGGACAAUCCAGUGUUGUUUUAUGAUGGCUCCUUCGACAGCAUCUUUAUCAACACCAAUGGUUUUGUUGCCACAGCGGAGCCAGCCGGCGAGUCGACGUAUCUUGGCAAGAUGCCCCCGGGGUUUGGCAUGAUUGCAGCUCUGCAAGGAGACCUGGACACAAGAGACGGUGAGGGCAGAGUAUACUUCCGUCAAGACUCCAGUCGUGAUGCCCUGCUUCGGUCUGCCGAGAUCAUCAACGGGGCUUUCCCCGAAGACGAUGAAUUCAACCCAACCCAUGCUGUGGUGAUCACCUGGGUCGAUGUCGCCGCCCAUGAACCUCACAGCAGAGGAGAUGGCAACAGGAAGAGAAACACCUUCCAGCUGGUAAUUGCAUCCAUGGAGACGGCCUCGUUUGCCAUCGUCCUGUACCCGAGGGAUGGAAUACAGUUCACCUCCACGCCUGCAAACGGCCAGAGUGUGGUCAUGCAUGGUGGCUUCAGUAAGGGAUUGGUCAAGGGUUUCCUCUUUUCAAGUCAGGGACCAUACUUCCGCACCACCACCGAAGACGAGGCAUCCAUCAGAGCUUUGGCAGAGGAGACCAACUCUGGCCAGCGCGGAGUGUGGGUGUACGAGAUUGGAACGUCCCCCUAUUUUACCAACGUGGCUGCAGGUGAAGUCACUGACCUGCCCGCUGAAGCCACAAGGAGACCUGCAUAUACUGAUGGACAGCAAGUGGAAUACCCUCAUUUUGAGUCAGAGGGGGCGCAAAUUGAAGUCCACCCAGUUCAGUACCAACCCCAUCAACCAGGGAAUCCAGAAGUGGUUGUGGUGGAUGACACAGAUAUAAAUGUAGACGUGUUCUCAUACAACCUUGGGACGUGUGCCAACAACGCUAAUAAGUGCUCCCAGUUUGCUGACUGUAAGGACUACUCCAGUGGAUACUGCUGCCACUGCAGGCCUGGCUUCUAUGGCAACGGGAUACAGUGUGUGGCAGAGGGAAAGCCACAGAGGAUGAACGGUAAAGUGUAUGGAAGAGUGUACGUGGGCAACUCUCCUUCUCCCGUGGAGUUCACCAGCAACGAUCUCCACUCAUACGUCGUGGUAAACGACGGCCGCUCCUAUGUGGCCAUCAGUGAAGUCCCCUACACCCUCGGGCCCUCGCUGCAGCCUCUGUCGGCCCUUGGUGGCGUGAUUGGUUGGGCGUUUGCUCUGCAGCAGCCUGGCUUCAAGAACGGCUUCAGCAUUAUUGGGGGGGAGUUCACACGGCAGGCUGAGGUGACCUUUCUGCCAGGGAAUGAGAAGCUGACCAUCAGGCAGGAGUUCAAAGGCAUCGAUGAGCACGACCACCUGGUGGUGAGCACCACCCUGGAAGGCCGGGUCCCCGAGGUGCCUCGCGGCUCCACUGUGCAGAUUGAGCGCUACUCUGAGAUCUAUCAGUACACCAACAACUUGAUCACCUCAUCCUCCACCCGGGACUAUGCAGUGAACCUGCCUGAUGGCUCCAUUGAAACCAGGACGUAUCAGUGGCGUCAGACCAUCACCUUCCAGAGCUGCCAGCAUGGCAACUCUCUGAGAGACAUGAAACCGACCCAGAUGCUCAGCGUGGACCAAGUGUUUGUCAUGUAUGAUGCUAAUAAUGAACUCAUCCGGUUCGCCAUGAGCAACAAGAUCGGGGAUGUCAAUGGAGGGCAGCCCCAGGAGAAUCCAUGUUUCACUGGAAGACACGGCUGUGACACCAACGCCGUGUGUCGACCCGGAGAGGGAACUCAGUUCAACUGCGAGUGUGCCGCUGGCUUCAACGGUGAUGGGCGCACAUGUUAUGACAUUGACGAGUGCGCAGACACUCCUCAGAUCUGUGGCUUCCACGCCAUCUGCAACAACCAGCCCGGGACUUUCCGCUGUGAAUGUGAGGACGGGUAUCAGUUUGGCAGUGAUGGUCAUACCUGCACUGAGAUUGACCGAGCUGUGGACGCCUGUGAAGACGGCACUCAUGACUGUGACAUUCCUGAGCGCGCUCAGUGCAGCUACACUGGAGGCUCGUCCUUCAUCUGCUCCUGCCUGCCGGGGUACUUUGGAGAUGGAAGAGUCUGCCAAGACAUAGAUGAGUGCCAGCCAGGCAGGUGCCAUCAGGACGCUGUUUGUUAUAACACCCAGGGAUCAUUUACCUGCCAGUGCAGGUCAGGUUACUAUGGCGACGGCUUCUACUGCUCUGCAGAGAGGACAAAAACACGAUGCGAAAACCACAGAGACAGUCUCCUGGGUGCUGGCCCACGGGGCCCCCGACCUCCCGUCGGGCAGUAUAUCCCUACAUGUGAUGAGAAUGGUGCCUAUGAGCCCCUGCAGUGUCACGACAGCACGGGACACUGCUGGUGCGUAGAACGAAAUGGACAGGAAAUUCCCGGGACUCGCUCUGGGCCUGGCAGCAGACCAAUGUGUAUUGACCAUGACGGUGUGCCACCACCUGUUGGACCCACCCCUCGACCCGAUGUCCACCCACUUCCUCCAGGAACACACCUGUUGUUUGCCCAGAGUGGCAGGAUAGAGCACGUCCCACUGGAAGGUCAUGACAUGAAAAAGGAGGAUGCCAAGGCUGUCCUCCAUCUGCCAGAGAAGGUAAUCAUCGGAGUGGCCUAUGACUGUGUGGAGAAGAUGGUCUACUGGACUGAAAUCACAUCUCCCUCGAUCAGCAAGGCGAGCAUUCAGGGGGGAGAGCCCACUGAAGUCAUUAGAUCAGACUUGGACAGCCCAGAGGGUAUCGCCGUCGACCAUUUGGGACGAACUCUGUUCUGGACGGACUCUGUGAAGGAUCGCAUCGAGGUGGCCUCUUUGGACGGGUCUCAGCGUCGGGUCAUCAUAGACUCGGAUCUUGUCAACCCCCGUGCUAUCAUCACCGACCCUCCCAACGGCAAUCUAUACUGGACCGACUGGAACCGCGACGCCCCCAAGAUCGAGACCUCUUACAUGGACGGCUCCAACAGAAGGGUGCUGGUUAAAGAUGACCUCGGCCUGCCAAACGGCCUGACUUACGACCCUCAGAGCUCGAUGCUUUGUUGGGCAGAUGCAGGCACUCAUAAAAUGGAGUGCACGCAUCCUGCCCGGGGUGACCGCAGACAGGUUAUGGAGGGGAUUCAAUACCCUUUUGGAAUCACGUCCUUUGGGAAGAACAUCUACUACACUGACUGGAGGAGGGAUGCAGUGGUUGCUGUGGACCGCUAUGCUGGCAAGGAGUCAGACCAGUUCCAGCCUCAGAAACGGACCAAGCUAUACGGGAUCACUACAGCCUAUGCCCAGUGUCCUUCAGGACAAAACUACUGUGCUGUGAACAACGGGGGCUGCACCCAUCUCUGUUUAGCAACCCCUGCCGGUCGCUCCUGCAAAUGUCCCGACAACGCUGUGGGCGUGGGCUGUGUGGAGAGAGACGGCGGCUACUGAGGGACGGCGGGCUGAGCUCUGAGAGUUGACACUGUUUGGAUGUUUGACCGCAAAUUAGGAGCACUCAGCAUUACUAAACUAUAGCUGCUGAAAAUGCCACUGAAAACCCCGAGGUGAACUUACUGUGCCUUUUAUCGCUCAGUCUUUAUGCUUAUCUACAUUUUUACGUUUCCCAUGGCCUCAUAAAUAAAUUCAAAAAAAUUGUAAAAUCACAACUGCCUUCGAGGAUUGUAAAUAAGAACACGACUGUUUUGUCUUUUUCCUGAGUGCACAUAAACUGAGAAUAAAGCUCAAGGGACUCAUAAUUUAAUGUGAAAUUCAUCGCAGCAACGCAUGACAUCAUCUCAUGUGAGUUGUGUUACACUGUGGCAUGUUCAGAUAAGCUCAUCUCAUGGACAUAUUAUUGUGGAGUGUGACCGGUGUCUGUAUGAGCUGGUGGGAUGAGUUUACAUGCUGGGCAGCAAAAAGAAUAAACGUUUUUCUAACACG